CCCUCAAAACCCUCUUCCUCGCUCUCUCUCUCUCUCUCUCUCUCUGUGUGCCCUCCUCCGUCCCUCCGACGCAUCUCGCGGCUUCUCCUUUCCUUACCUCCAAGCAUCGCCUUGUCUCCUCUUCUCCUUCCCGGAUUGUCCUCUUCAAGGUCAUUUGGGUGGCUACGCUACCGGCGAUCUUUUGAGGAGUGACUGGCCUAAGUCAUCAAAUCUGCAAGGGCGUCUAAGUUGGUUACAAUUCUUAUGCUAAUCUGCAAUAGCAGAGUUAACACUCAGGCUUUUUGAACUUGAGGUUGUUGGAAUGGCGUCUAACAGCUCCUUAGAAAUUGACGGGGACAUGGAAGUAGAGGCAUUCCGACGCCUCUUCCCCCUACGCUAUUAUGAACAUUAUCUUGGCCAGUCUGUACGGCCUGAUGCACGACCCCUUGCUCAUGCCAGAGAAACUACCAUUGCCCUUGGGCCAGUCACUUCUGUAGAUGGCUCAGCUUUAGUCAAAAUUGGUGAAACUACCAUGCUUGCUGCUAUAAAACUUGAAGUCAUGACGCCUGCAGCUGAUUUACCUGAUAAGGGGUGCUUAGCUGUUGAUUUUUAUAUGCCGCCUGUUUGCACACCAACUGUCAGACCUGGCAGGCCAGCUGAGGCGGCUCCUGUCAUUUCUAAGCAGUUGUCAGAUGUUAUUCUGAGUUCUGGAAUGAUAAAUUUUGAGGAACUUUCCUUAAUUAGUGGAAAGGCUGCUUGGAUGGCUUACCUGGACAUUUACUGCCUCAAUGCUGAUGGUUCUCUUUUUGAUGCUGCUUUGCUUUCUGCAGUUGCUGCAUUUUCUCAUUUGAAGGUCCCUCUUGUUUCUGUCAACGAUAAUGGAAGAGUAACUACUGUCACUGGAGAACUCCUUGAAAGCAAAUCAGAAUUGGAAUUGGUCAAUAAAGAGAGAAGAAAACUCUCUUUUAAAAGUCUACCAUUCUCACUGACAUGCUUAUUGCAUGGUAAGUACAUCUUGGCAGAUCCAACAGCAGAAGAAGAGGACAUCAUGGACACCCUUGUAACUGUGGUGGUAGAUUCUUUGGGACGUCUAGUUUCGCUAUACAAGGCAGGGGGGGUGGUCCUUGCUAACACUUCUACUGUUAAGGACUGCAUUGCAUUAGCAAAGCAGAGAGCUGCCGAGUUGCAUAACAUUUUGGUAGAAUCCAUCUCUGAGAUGGAAGUUGACUAGGUUUUUUUUUGCUGAAAUUUUUGACUGUAGCAGGACGUUGUCAGUUAAAUUUUGAUUCAUUAACCCUGAUGGAGAACAUGUUGAGAAUCAUUUUUGGCUUUCUAGCUUUCUAUUUGCCCCUUAAUUUUUAGUGGGCCAGAACUGGUACAUCGUCUCGUACGGUCCUACCUGCAUGUGUGUAUUGAUGGCAAUACAUUCAACAGAAAUAUAUCGUGCUUUUUCUGAAUAUAUAUGAUUUAUAUAUUAUUUUUAUAUUAAGUUUCUUU